AUGUUUAUAUUUUCAAUAAUAUUAAUAUCUAUUAUGUCCUUAGUGGUAGACAGUUCGGAAAAUAAACCCAGGAAGAGAGAAUUAGUGACAACAUUAUUUCGGAAAACACCACUACCAAUCUGGCGGAGAACACCUCCACCAAUAUUUCCUAACAGAUAUGAAAAUAAAUUAACGGAAAUACCAAUAUGGCGUAGAACACCAGUACCGAUAUUCCCUAACAGAAAUAAAAAUAAUUCAGUGGAACUACCAAUAUGGCAUAGGACACCACCGCCAGUAUUUCCUAAUAGAUCUGUAAAUAAUUUGUCAUUGUUUCAACAAGGCUAUAAAUCUGCGAAUAAAACUGAUGGAGUCUCUAGUUUAUUUUUCAAGAAAUGGUUUGUAAAAGAUAUCUAUCAUCUGAAGAAGAGUGAUAUAGCAAGAGAAAUUGAAAUAAAAAAUAUGGGUCGUUGGAUUCUACGUUGGGACCUUUGGGACAACAAGUUCAAAUUUGGAAAACAUAAUAGAACAGAUUACAUCAUGUAUUCAAGAUGGCGAUUCUUAUAUGAACCCCCGAUUUCAAAUAUUAUAGAUUUUUUCAAAAAUUUUUAA